AUGAUGGCAGUAUUUACUGCAAGCAAUGACAAUCUAAGGAGAUCAGUAAUAUCAGAAGGUGGAAUUCGGAGCCUGUUGGUUUAUCUUACUGGUCCAUUGCCACAAGAAUCUGCAGUCGGGGCAUUGAGGAAUUUGGUUGGCUCAGUUUCUAUGGAGGUUUUGGUUUCUCUUGGUUUCCUCCCAUGCAUGAUUCACGUGCUUAAAUCCGGUUCACUAGGUGCACAGCAGGCUGCUGCAUCCGCAAUUUGCCGGGUUUUGCAGCUCAACAGAGAUGAAAAAACUGAUUGGCGGUGA